CCAAAAUCUUCCAGAAGAAGAAAACCUCAGUGACUUACAGUUUCAGACAAUCGUUCCCUCUGGUGGAGAUGCAGGUGCACAUGUUCCAGAACUCAUACUACCCUCACGGUAUCCGCCUCACCACCGCCGUGCUCGAGGGGGAGAGGAAGGUCCUGAUCGUGUUCAUGGCCCCCAGUCAGCAGGACCGAACCCGCUUUGUGAGCGACCUCAGGGAGAGCAUCGCUGAAGUGCAGGAGAUGGAGAAAUACAGGGUGGAAUCGGAGUUGGAGAAACAGAAAGGUGUGAUGCGGCCCAGCCUGCUCACAGGAGGUGUGAGUGGGAAGAGCGAUCUUGUGAACGGCACCCUGGGGAGGAACAGUUUUGAUGACUCAGUGGGUGAUGGUCUCAAACGCACCGCGCUCAGCUCAUCUCUCAGGGACCUAUCGGACGCAGGGAAACGUGGUCGCAGGAACAGUGUUGGUUCUCUGGACAGUACCAUGGAAGGUUCCAUCAUUAGCAGCCCGGUGCCUCACCAGCGCUACCAGCUGCCCGGCUGCUACGCCACAGAAGACUUCCGGCCUCACCGCCCUAUCCUGAGCCCCGGAUCGGGGGUGGGGGGUGGGCCGGGGCAGCAACACACCACUGCUGGGACAGGAGUUGGGGGGGGAGUCUCCAGCAGUGUAGAGAGAGCAGGAGCGGGGGGGAGCGGUCCUGGGGGGGGAAUCAUCAGCAGCAGCAGCAACAACAACAGCAGCAGCGGCUCCUUCCUGGGAUCUCUCUUCGGCAGCAAACGUGCCAAACCACCUGGGCCCCUCAUUCCACCGGGGCCACCGUACCCCGCUCCUGUCCCCCCGCCGACUACGGGAGGGCCCCCUCCUCACUCCCCAUCCUCGCUGUGCCAGAUGGAUGGGGGGGGCCCUUCCAAGAUCCAGGCGCUGCACGCUCAGUACUGUCACCUGGGUGGCGUGCAGCCCCCCCCACCGUACUACCAUCACCAUCGCUUCCAUGUGCAGACUGUCCCCCCGCCCCUGCAAGGCGUCCCCCCCCACGCUAUGCAGAGAGGCCCGCUACACUGUCGUCCGCCGCUUGGAGCCCACCCGCCGCUGGCCCAUCUCUCCCAGCUCUCCCAGCAUGGGCUACCGGGUCGUUACGGCAACAUGGUAGUGGGGUGUCCCCCCCCCCUUUCUCCUCUCUCCCAACACUCCCCGAACCCUCAGUUUACUCUGUACCACUCCAUCAGAGGGGGGGGCCUGCCUGGUACCAAACUCCCCCUCACCUUGUCCCACUCCCACCCCCACCCCCACGCUCACUCCCAAACCCACCCCGGACACGUGCACACGCCCCACCCGGCCUCCCACUCCGUCCACCAAACACACUUCAUCUUCGGCACUCUGCCCCACAACCUGCCGUCCGCCUCCGUCAACGCUGCGCAUCACGCGGCGAGCGCCGGCCCGUAUCUGCCCCAGUACCCUGCUCUUUCUUCUAUGCCAACCUCCCCACCAACAUUUCCCUUUACCAACCCCCUUUUGUCCCCCCUUACCGCCCUUACACCUCUCUUCCCUUUGUCCCCCCUUACCCCUCUUACACCUCUCUCCCCUCUCCCCCCCCAGCACCCCGGGCUGCCUCAGCAGGGGCCGCAGGUGACGGGGGCCGGAGCGACAGGUACAGGGGGCAGCUCCAAAUCCAAACCCCUCAACCGGAUAAGCACCGUGGUGUGAGCAGGGCGUGGGGCCCCAGGGGUCAGAGGUCAGAUUACAGGGGGGAGGAGGUGGGCAGGUCCAGGUCCAGGACCAAGUCAGCCCGCACGGAGAGCAGCAGCAGCGCCAGCGACAAGAGGAAACGCAGCUUGCUUCGUCUCUGUUACUUUCACCUCCGCUUCCCACACAUGUAGGCGGAGAUACAGAGCACAGCUAGAGCGGAGGAGCAUGUGCACACGUCUUUGAAACCUGCACACACACAUAUAUGAAUAAAUAUUUAAAAGAGUUAUAUAGCCAUAUAAUUUAAGAUGAAUCUAUAUCUAGAUAUAUUUAUCGCCUCAAUUGUAAACGUCUAGUUGAGUCUGUUUGAGACUAUUUACAUGUACAGUACGGAGAUGUGGGGAAAAAACCAUCAUAUAUCCAGCUUUUUACACAGGGAUGUAAAUAACGACAUUCCAGCGGAGUUUGGGAUUUAAAAACAGAAGAAAGUUGCUAAAAAAAAUCAAUGUCCCUUGACUUUGCAAUAAUUUACUUGGCUUCAUGAUGUCUUUGUCAACUUUUGAAAGUUCUGCUUUGCUGAGAGGCAUCUUUUUUUUUUUAAAGAAGACCAGAGAUUUGUUGCUUUGUCUUAAAGCCAGUGCACGGUUUCCUGAAGGUCUUUUUGCUUAAUGUACUUUUACAUGUCAACAGGAGCCACCUGGCUUCAUAACGGGGUCUGGGAAAUACAAUCAAUAAUAUAUUUUGAAUGUUUCUGAAGCUUCUUGCCGUUUUAUUGAUAUUAUAAUAUACCUGCUACGAGUAUGAUGAAUAUUGUACACUAAUUGUUUUGAUCAGUGAUUAAUUAUAUCAGCAGAUGUUUGUACAUGGUUAUAGAGAGUAUAUGCACAUAUGAAUUCCCUCAGUUUGCCAUGACUUCUCGAGGGUGUUGCGAUAUGUGAAGUGUGAUUUAUUUCCAUUGUACCACGCUUUCCAUUCGCCUUUUUAAUUAUUAGUAUUAUUGGUUGUGGAAAAUGAAUGAGGUUUAGUUUUGUUUAAAAUGUUAACACCAACAAGCAAUUUUUCUCAAAUGAGUUGACCCCGGGGCGGGACAUCUCUAAGCGGUUGACCAAUCAAAACAGAGCCGGCCAGCUAACCAAUCAGAGCAGACUGGG